UGUACAUUUAAAGAAUACAUUAAUCAUAAUUUUUGUAUUCUUUUUAGAUCUAAUUGUAAUCAUGUUGUUAUUUUCCAUAAUUGAAAACAUGAUUAUGAAUUUUAAAGUGGAGAAGUUAGCUUUACCUAUUAUAAUAAAUGUAUGAUACAUAUGUAGUAGAACAAAAUGUGUAUUUUUAAAAUGAAAUAUGUAGUUUCUACGUGACAGGCAUUACUUACAUAACCCCGAUAAAGACAUUUUUGUUUUAAAAAUUUUAAAUAGUGACUAAUUAAAUCGAAGAGAAAUGUCUCCAAAAAUUGUUGUUGUUGGUUCAUGUAUGAUUGAUUUCACUUGCUUUUCUCCCCGUUUACCAAAACCUGGUGAAACAUUAAUUGGUACUAAAUAUGAGAUAAAGUAUGGUGGUAAAGGUGCUAAUCAAUGUGUAGCAGCUGCUAAGCUUGGUGCCGCAACAGCAAUUGUUGCUUCUUUAGGUUCUGAUACUUAUGCCCAAGAGUACUUAAAAAUAUUUAAAGAAGAAAAUAUAGACAUUUCUCACAUUCAAAUACAACCAAACCAACACAGUGGAAUAGCACAUGUUACAGUUACCGAGAGUGGCGAAAACAGUAUAGUAAUCGUAUUAGGAUCGAACGCGUUGAUGAGUUCCAACUUUGUGGACUCCGCGACCAACAUGAUCAAGAAUGCUUCUAUUUUAUUAUGCCAAUUUGAGGUACCUCUAGAAAUUACUCUACACGCUUUAAAGAUUCACAAAGGCUAUGGUUUGUCCAUUGUGAAUGGGGCACCCGCUACGGAAAAUGUCCAUCCAGAUUUAUGGAAACUCUGUGACAUAUUUUGCGUCAACGAGAUGGAGGCGGAAUUUAUGAGUGGGGUGCAGCUUCAGGGACCAUCAAGUAUACAGCAAGCUGUUGAAAAAUUCUUGGAUAAGGGUUGCAACAUAGUGAUUAUUACUCUUGGAGAACAGGGAGCGGUGUAUGCUUCUCAAAGCGAUAGAGUAAUUAAAAAAGUUUGUACUACUCGCGUUCAGCCUGUAGAUACAACGGGAGCUGGAGAUGCAUUUCUAGGCGCUCUUGCAUAUUUUAAAGCUUAUCACCCAGCGCUUUCGAUGGACGAAUGCAUCCGAAGAGCUUGCGUCAUUGCCACGGAUUCCGUGUUGAAAUUCGGUACACACGCGAGUUUUCCGAACAAGAGCAGCCUGUCGCCGGAUUUGUUCGCUUGAAUUAAUAAAAAUGUUGUACAUUCUAUACAAAUGACACAUCCUUCCGACAUCUGUUCCUUCUUUUAUUGUUAUUUUAUGUCGUUGUUCUUCUUGCUUCUUAUUUAACUUUGCCAUGUUUUGAUAAUAAUAAAGUGUUGUUAAAAAAGUAAAAUAAAAAUGAGCGAUGAUUA